AUGACAUACUGUGUUGAACUUGAAAAUAAUGAACUUUACGCUCAUGGUAGUAACGCACUUCUGUUAUUUGUCAGCGGCAAGUUCUUUGUUGGCAGACGAUGCGACAAGUCCAAAAUAUAUAACACUGGGAAAUCGCUCCGGGAUCUGGUUCUUUCAUACACAGAGGGUCUGCAUGGAAGAUGGCAUUUCAACGACAUCCGAGCAGUGUUCUCCAGGAGAUACCUUCUCCAGAAUACGGCGUUGGAGAUCUUCUUGGCAAACAGAACUUCCGUGAUGUUCAACCUACCAAACAAAGCUACCGUCAAGAAAGUUGUGCAUGCCCUGCCUCGGGUCGGUGUUGGGCUCAAGUAUGGCAUACCGCCCUCAAGACGCGUUUCCUUGGCAACCCCUCGGCAACUCUUCAAGGCAUCCAACAUGACACAGGCAUGGCAGAGGAGAGAGAUCACAAACUUUGAGUAUCUGAUGUAUCUGAACACUAUAGCCGGUCGAGGCUACAAUGAUCUGAAUCAGUACCCAAUUUUUCCAUGGGUGAUCACCAACUAUGAUUGUGAAGAGUUAGACCUGACUCUACCAAGUAACUACAGAGAUCUUUCAAAGCCGGUGGGAGCGUUGAACCCGAGUCGCCGAUCCUUCUUCCAGGAGCGAUACGAGAACUGGGAGGAUGAUAAGAUUCCACCAUUCCACUACGGGACUCAUUACUCCACAAUGGCAUUCACUCUGAACUGGCUCAUGAGAAUGGAGCCAUACACAACGUACUUCUUGAAUCUUCAAGGAGGGAAGUUUGACCACGCCUCAAGGAGCUUCGCAGCCGUCUCUAUCUCCUGGAAGAACUGCCAGAGAGAUACCUCGGAUGUAAAGGAGUUAAUUCCUGAGUUCUUCUACCUCCCUGAGAUGUUUGUGAACGGCAAUGACUACACUCUGGGUUCCCUCCCUGACGACGGGCCAGUAGUAGGUGACGUCAUUCUCCCUAAAUGGGCCAAGACAGCUGAAGAUUUUGUCCGCAUUAACAGGCUGGCACUGGAGUCGGAGUUUGUCUCGUGCCAGCUUCAUCAAUGGAUUGAUUUAAUCUUUGGCUACAAGCAGCGAGGGCCAGAGGCUGUCCGUGCGGCUAACGUCUUUUAUUAUCUCACCUACGAGGGCAGUGUCAACUUGGAUACAAUUGACGAUCCUAUCAUGAGAGAGGCCAUAGAGAAUCAGAUCCGAAGCUUUGGUCAGACGCCAGCUCAGUUAAUGACAGAGCCUCAUCCACCCCGUAGCUCAGCAAUGCAUCUUAGCCCCAUGAUGUACUCGGACCAGUUGUCUCAAGACGUUUUGAUGAUCAUCAAAUUCCUCUCUAAUUCUCCGAUCAUCCACGUCUCGGCUAACACUCAUCCCAAUGUCCCGACUGCCGCUGUUGUCACGGCAGCGGCCAAUCAGACCUUUGCGUUGAACAAAUGGAACAACCAGGUUUCUACAGCAGGUAGGAGCACAGGUCAACCAGGUUCCCCUGGGUACUCUAUGGAGGCGGGCAAGAAUCUCCUGAUUGAGCUGGAUCCACUCAUAUUAUCCACGACAGGUAUGCACAGGCGUCAGAUAGUAGACACCAUGGAUUCUAACGUGAAGUCUAAAUCCUCAUGCUACGUAGUGACAGCUGAUAACCGCUACUUGAUGGCUUGCGGAUUCUGGGACAAGAGCUUCAGAGUCUUUCUAACGGAUACAUGCAAAGUGACCCAAGUUGUGUAUGGUCACUGGGACAUGGUGACAUGUCUAGUGAGAUCAGAAUGUCCCGUGGGUGGGGAUUGCUACAUUGUAUCUGGAUCUAGGGAUGCAACAUUGCUAGUGUGGCAUUGGAGUGCUAAGGUCCAGUGGGUCCUUGGAGAGAAUCAUGUCGCGGGUGAGAUGGCAACCCCUCGUGCCAUCCUAACUGGUCAUGAUACUGAGGUGAUAUGCGCUGCGGUCUGCACUGAGCUGGGAUUGGUCGUCAGUGGAUCACUCGGUGGCGCUUGUCUCAUCCACACAGUAGCAGGUGAUCUUCUAAGAUCGUUGGAUCCACGCUCUCCCGAUAUGUCCCCUCGUCUCAUGUCCAUUGCAUCAGAGGAAGGGGUCAUUUUGGUGACCUUUGACAAAGGUCAUGUGUGUUCGUACACGAUUAACGGCAAAUUCCUCAUACAAACUGAUGUCAACGGCAAGGUUAAUGCAAUGCGAUUCAAACAUGAAGGAGACUAUUUCCUGACUGCCGGGGACAAUCGUCAAGUUCAAGUAUGGCGGACGUACGACCACAAUCUGAUGUACUCAUUCCCAAUGUGUGAUGCCUCCAUAUUGGCUCUGGACAUGGCCCACGAACAAAGAUUACGAAAAAAUCCAACUAGGACUAUUAUUGCAGGGAUGGCAACUGGUAGCAUCGUAGCAUUCAACGUCAACUUCAGUAAGUGGCAUCAUGAAUUUCGAGAGACCUACUAAGAUGGACUCACAGCGCCCUCUGUUGGUGUCUUUUAGCGAGCUUCCAGAGAGUGAGGUUGCCCACAAGCCUUUAUGCAAUUACAAGUUUAUGAUUGGGGUAUUCAUUGAAGUUAAAACAAACCCAACAUUCAAAACAAUCCAGCAAAUUCUUCUAGUGUGUUGAUUGAAGCCAAGCUUGAUUUUGCAUUCAGUUCAAGGUCAAAUUUGUUGAGAAUAUUACGGAAGUGGAGAGCUUGAAGCAAAGAAUCGGUAUUCAUUUUUGUAGUGCAGUACAUGUCUUUGGCAUUCUUGGCGCAAUCAUUUUCCAAGUGUAAAGUUUCUGCUUUCAAAACUCUAUAAAAACUCAACUGGGUGAUUACAAGGACAAUUUAUAUAUGAAAACAAAUUGAGAUAAAUUGAAAACUUUUUGUGGGGUUAUUGUCUCCCGGGGUCGAAAAGGUCGGAGGAGCUAGAUUUUUCAGUAGUAAAUCCUACUGCCAUUAGUGAGAGAGAUAGUCAAAAUCCAAUUCAAGUAACAACAAAAUACUGAGAGGUUUAAGCUUUGAAAACAGGAUAAACUAUUGAAGCUGUUAGGCGUGCUGUUGAUAUAAGUGUGUGGAAAUGAAAUGAUUUAACUGAAGCUGUGAAAAGGAAAGUUCUGCUUUCAGGAAUUAAGACAUUGGUUCAUGGUGUGACUGUAAACAUACUCACAUAUCAGGUUUUGUAUACCACACAUUGUGGUCAUCUAGAUAUAGAGCUAUAUAUUAAAAAUCUCACCACUAUUUAGAUUAUGCAAACAACGGGUUAAUUCAGUGUUGUGCAGAUAUAUAUGGAUGUGGAAAUCAACUUGGGUUCGGUGGUUUACUUUUUUGUACAUAGCACGAGUUCACAAUUAUGCACAAAUCAAUGGGUUAGUGUGUAAAACUUGCUUAUUGCUGAAUUUUAUCAGUAGGCCUAAAAACACGGAGGAUUUAGAGUGAUGACAACAUUAGAUUUCAGCUGCUAUUAAUGACACGCUAAGAAAAAUAAUAACAAGAUUAGAAUUUCACAUUCCGUAGUGGUUUAAAUUAUGGGCAUAUCAUAGAUUUGGGGUGUUUUUUUGUAUUAAGUAAAAUGAAUAAAGCUUCAAAACACAACAUAAAUAAAAAUUCAGCAAUGCACGGUGGCAAGUGAAAUUAAUAGAUGUUUUUAUGUUUGUAGAUUGUCACCGUUAAAAAGUCGCUUUGAGAUUGGAACACGGAUCUUAUAGGUGACAAAUUAAAAAUGCCUAUUGAGUAAAACUUUGAAGUAGAGAGCUAGAAUUCAAAGUAAUUCUGGAGCAGUAGUCACAACUAAUGUAGUGUAGACUUUAUAUAAAUAGUUUCUUUUUACACGGUUGAACCCUUUCCCCUCAAAAAAUGUAUUCUUGUUUAAUUAGUAAAAAUAGAAAAUUGUGGAACUUGGACCAGAAUAUGUUAAACAUAAACUAUGACAACAUUCCAAUUUAUAUACAAAAAAACUACAAAUUCUCCUUAAUUCAAACUUGACAUUAAAAUCUGAAAUGUUUGUAUUAGAUUGUCACUGUUAAUGUAUGUAUUGUGCUUAGCCUUUCUGUCAAACUCCUAAAAACUCUCUAAAACUGCUUUUGAUAAAAGAUUAUUUGCACUAAAAAACACAAAGAUUUUGACAACUGUCGUCCUCCUCUUUGGGCCUAUGCAUUUUGUGGCAUGUUUUGAUUCUUUCACAUAGAUAUUUUGUAUAGAAUCUUUAUUUUAAAGCACAUGCAUCUAAUUUGUAAAGAACAUUAUAAGAAAAAAAAGUUAUGAAAACAUAUCAUCUUAAAUUACACCAUUUGGAAUUAUUUGUAAUGUAAGGAGUAAUUGUGUGUUUUUUGCAAAAGGGAAAAAAGGUGAGUGGCAAGGUUAGAUUGAUAUUUGUACUUUCCCGUAAAAAACCCCAAAUACAAGGUAGUUUUUUCAACCUCAAACAACCUUCAGUGAAGGUAAAAAUUGAUAAGCUAGCAUUUUAAAUUCAGUUUUGUUUCUUGUUCAAAUGUUUCAAAGUUACGGUCAUUCUUGUGCAGGGUAGUCGUCAAAUAAUUUGUUAUCAGUUUUUGUUAUUUUGAAUUUUACGUUAUAAGUGUUAAUUACAAAACAUUUUUCUGAUAUAUUUUAGGUUUUAGGUCCACAUGAGUUUAACAUGUAAUUAAAUGUAUUCAGAUGUAAGCAUAGGGAGGUAUUAAAACAAAUCUAUUUUUCAGUCUCAGAUAAAACUGACCAGCAAAGCCGAUUCCAGUGAGCAAAGGCUGCUGAGAAAGGGUUUCAGAAUUUAGAAUGUUAUUUAAAAUAUUCUUGCAUGUACACUUUUGGUUUUGAAAUGAUAGUUUGGUUCACUAAUCUCAAUUAAAAAGUGCAUAUGCAUUUGUUGAAAUCAGAGUAAAACUGCACAAUACACAUAUCAUUUGCUGCCCUUUUUAAAGGCCACAUUCGUGAUCUAUAAAACAGCUUUAAUGUGUGCGUGUCUUUGGGAAAUGAUCUCACAUACAUUGACCAUUGGUCAGUAGACUGGUUUGGUUUGGGUUGGCAUUUAAGAAUUCUAAGUUAUGAUUUUUUUUGUAUAUUUCGGUCAGCUUGUUUAUUUGUAUAAAUUUGGCACACUGCAAUAAUUAUGUUUGAAAAUAAUGGGACCGUUAACAAAUAUUCCAUCAGUGUUAUCUAAUUGAUUUCAUUUUGAAUGAGUUUCAGUAUCCAAAAGUAUAUUAAUUAAACUUUCACGUAAGGCUGCAGUAAGGCUUAGCAAUAUGGGUUCUGCUAUGAAUAUUUGAAUUUUGGGAUUUUGUUAUUCGCUCAUUAUUUUGUUCAGAUUUAAUAUGUAUGGUUUUUAACUGGAUUCAUUUUUGUUUUUUUCCCUGAUCGAUACAUGCUUUAAUUAUAAAAGAAAAUUCAUUAUUUGGAACUCAACUUCCCUAAUUUCAUUCAACCAAACAGUUAUCUUGAUUUGUUUCUAGAGCACAUCAUUUGCAUGUGAUAAUUCGAUCCAUAUCAUGUUUGUUCCCUUUCUUUGUACCUUGAAGAUUUAGUUUCACUUUACUCAGAAUUCAUACAAAGUAUUUCCACUUGUAGUUGAAGUGGCAAAGUAUUGAACUAUCAUGUGCCCUAAAUGAAUGAAUAGUUUAAAGUUGACAGGCAGGCCUGGAAUUACAUGGAGGCCAUGGCCUGUGUUGCCCUGGUCUUAGCCUUGGUGCCCCUUGACGCAGCCUUGGUGCCCCUUGACGCAGCCUUGGUGCCCCUUGACGCAGAGUACUCAAUUAUUAUGUACUCUAAAUGAAUGAAGAUUUUGAAGUUGACAAGGAGGCCAUGAACUACACUUUAGGCCAUGGCAUUCGUUGCCGAAAAUGGCCUUGCCCUCUCGAAGAUGAAAUUCCGGACAUGUCCGAACAAGUGACAAUCCUUUUGUUUGACAAAAGUUUGAAAUAAUUGUUCCCAAUUAUAUUUAGUUUCUAACUAAAAAGUAGAUAAAAUCCUCUUGCUAAGAGCGUCAAAUAACUUUGAAAGUUUAGGAAAUUUGCACCGUUUAUGAUUUUACACACUUGUUAACUGCUCGUAUUGUAUUAAACCAGAUUAAUGAGAAUAUUGUGCAUCUGGUUAAUAAUAACUAAAGCAUUAAACCAGGCGGUUAAUAUCUAACCGCUGUAUAAUAUUA